AUGCAUCACGCAAACAUCCAUCCAGAAAGCUCAAGAAGACCUGCACUUGACACAGUCGACAGCAGCGAGACAUGGCGUCAGACGGGAGCAUGUGAUUUAGAACCAGCCCCCACUGCUUCUCGGCCACGCACAGUAUUUAAACUCUCCGCGCGGAAGAACUCAAGUGCCAAACAGGUUAAUGACCAAACCGUGAUGGUCGGAGCAGGACUGGGUCCUGGUGAGAGACAGCCUCUCGAAGCUGUCUACACUGAUGGGCUUACUGAAGACGACUGCGCCUGGGAGCGAGGAGACGGUCAACAGUCUGCGCUCGAGUAUGACAGUAGCUCAAGCUACUCUUCAUUUUCAGACGUCAGCUUGCACUAUGGGCAGCAGCAAGGCUUGUACCACCUUGAAAACAUCAGACUUCAUGACGUAAACACAAAAGUAGCCGAGCAAGAAGCCACUGCCAUGGGGACGCAAACAAGCGAGAGCCAAGACCAGAUCAAGCGCAGAGAUGUGCUACUUGGGUUGUGGAACGAAAUGUCGUGCAAUUUCGCGGCAAAGGCAAGGCUUUUGCGCUUCGAUUCGCGACUGCCCGAGAGCAACCGAGCGCCCUUAGCAGUGGCCCUUGACCAGAUGGAGGCAUAUCAUGUCCAGGUCGUCAAAUACUGCAUGAUGCAUGUAGAUGGCUUUCUGGAUUCUGGCUUCAACUGCUUUUUGACUGAAGAACAAAAAGAAAAGGACAGUGUAGACAGCUCUGAAAAAGCCAAAGACCAGGAUCGCACAUCGACCACCUAUCAAUUCUGUACAAGAACUCAACCUUUGGGAUUGGAAAUCGAUUGUUGCGCUCAAUGGUUGGUAAAGGAUUCACCCGAGGCUGGUCACGAGGCGUGCAGCGGAGACGAGGAACAAGGGAAAGCCAUCUUGGAGAACAGUCCCGGCGGUGCCAGCAACGAAGAAAGAGUAGCGGCACCUUCGAGAUCUGGCAGUGGGGGUGGAACCACGAUGGGUUCAUACAAAUCCUCGAUUGCCAUAGACACAGAAGACUCGGGUACCAUUCCCACCUCGUUGGAGACGCGUUUUUCCGCAGUGUUUCAUGGUGGACUUUCGAUAAGCCGAGAGGUGUCCACAGCAAGUGAACAUUUGCCAGAAGAGACCAGAAACAGCCGGCGGUAUGCUGACAAAGGAAAGUCAACAUACAACACGCCGGAGCAGGCUUCGAUGCGUUCCACACACUCAGGCUCGUCAGUGAGCGCACGUGAUCACUGCACGACGACCAAGAUGAGAGUGAAGCGACUCGAGGCAAUCAUUCUCAGCCUGGACCGUGCCUGCUCCCAGAUUGGCGAAAUGACGGUCCUGAUGGGGAAUAUAAAUCGAAAGCUGCGCAGCAACUACCACAUACUCCCCGUCGGCGUCCGGCAUAAAUUCAGCCAGGUACUCGCGCAAAAGUCGGCGAAGCUAAGCCUGAUCGGCUGGACGUUUUGCCACCGAAUGUCUUGUGAGACAAAAAGAAUCGAGCUUGUUUUGGCCUCGGUUGUCGUUCCACCACAGGUAUGGAGUAUCGCCCAAACCGAAGCGGACUCGGGAUCCCAUGACUACCAGAAAGGAAGCCGUAUGCGUCCUUUGAAGCUAGAAAUGUACGGAGCCCUGUCGGUCAACUCUGAAGCUGUGGAUAAACGUGAAGAUCGAGGCCUGGGGCAGUUGCUGAAGCGUUUGCCCGCGCUGAACUGUCUUGUCACGAGACCGGAACUGUAUGGUUGA